AUGAUGUUUUCUGGAAAAAUGUUGUGCUCAUCUGAAGAGGAAAUUGCAAUAAGUGAAUCAGAGUUUGAGAAUUACCUCAACGAUCUUUUGAAACACACAUCUGGCGUUGGAAAGGACACACAGAGCCGGGGUUUAAGAGAGAAAGGGAUUGAUUUUGGUCCGAGGGGGUCUUCAGCACAAUAUACAGUGGAGACUAUUGAGUCUCUUAAAGGCAGUGAUGUAAAUGAGUUGUUUGUUUGGCCGUGGAUGGGAAUUGUAGCAAAGAUACAUGCUGAGUGGAAGGAUGGCCAAUAUGUUUGGGAAGGUAGUUCAAGGCUUAGUGAAGAUUUAACUCAAAGGGGAUUUAAUCCUGUAUGGGUUCAUCCAUUAUUGAACCAGAAGGGUCAUUCAGGUUAUGCAAUGGUGGAAUUUAACGGAGAUUGUUCUGGAUUCAGUAAUGCACUGAUGUUUGAGAAGAGUUAUGAGGCAAACCAUAAAGGAAAGAGGGAUUAUUAUACGGCAGAGAACAUUGGAGAUGAUUUAUAUGGAUGGGUUGCAGUGAUGACUUUGAUUCAAAUGGAGUUGUAG